AUGACGGACACGAGAGCUAGGCCCUCGGAGACAGACAGGAUCACCGUGGACGAGGUGAAGGAGUGCGAGGUGCACGGAUACCUGCUGACCUCCAAGAGGAUCGGGACGGGAGGCUUUUCCAGCGUUUACCUGGGCCUCCCGACCCAGGAAGUAAUGAAGCGUAACUUCCGCCUGGCUUCUGGCCUCCAGACCAAGAGGAACAAGAUGGUCGCUAUCAAAAUUGUGAAUAUCUCUCAGAAUCCCUACCAACAGUCCCGCAGGUUCCUGAGCAGAGAGAUCAAUGCCUUACAUGCUACCUACAAGCACCCCAACGUGAUCCAGCUGUAUGAGACCUUUCGCUCCCCGAGCCAGCUGUUCCUGGUGUUGGAGCUGGCAUGUAAAGGAGACUUGUUGGACCACAUUAACAGGAUCGCCACCAACAAGCGGGACCUGGGGCUGAGGGAGGAGGAGGCUCAGCACCUCUUCCACCAGCUGGUCAGCGGCGUGGCACACUGUCACACCAAUCACAUCGUCCACAGAGACCUGAAGUGUGAAAAUAUUUUACUGGAUGAACAAGGAGCCAUAAAGCUGACAGAUUUCGGCUUGGCCGGCAGGUGUACCAAGAGAGGUCUGAUGAGCACUUUCUGUGGCUCAGUCCCCUACACCGCACCAGAGAUUCUCCUUGAGCAGAGCUACAAAGGGGAGCGUGCAGACAUCUGGAGCAUGGGAGUGAUCCUCUAUGCCAUGGUAACCGGGAAGCUCCCCUUCAAUGAAUGUCAACCAGAAAUGCUGCAGCUCAUAAAGCGAGGCAUCAAGUUCCACCAGCAAUUGUCACCAGAAUGUCAGGAUCUGAUCAGCCAGCUCCUUCAGUGGUGCCCGUCGGCACGGCCAGAACUGACGCAGAUCCUUGCCCACCCCUGGAUGCUCCCCGCCAUCUCUUUCAUCUUCCAGAGAGUCAGAGACAUCCUCACAGAUUCCACGGACAGGAGUCAACACCGAGGGAAUAGCAGCAAAGGCCGUGGGAGAACAUUGUCAGAUAACAUCAUCUCCCUAGGAUCAGGAGACAGACAAGUGCUGAGGAGAAUCCAACUUGGUCAACAAAACCUGGAGUGUAGAUGCAUCAGUGACCCCUGA